AUGACGGAAGAAAACACGGAAGAUGUUGAAGCCAUGGAUGAAGCACAAUACGAUGAAUUGAUUAAGGAUAUUGGUGUUGAUAAUGUUGAUGACUAUAUAGAUGACUUUAUUAAGGAAGUAGAGAAAGAGGAUGAAGAUGAAUAUGAUCAGGAUGAUGAAGAUGAUGAAGAUGAUGAAGAUGAUGAAAGUGAAGGAACUGAUGCACAAGCUUCAUCAGCUGAAACUAAUGAGGAAGCAGAAGGGGGUCCUGGUGGAAGAUCUUCUCGUCGAAGACCUAUGCCUAGACGUGAGCGAAGAGCUUCAAUUAUGGCGAGACGAGGCUUUCGAGGCGGUCCUAGCGAUUAUGAUAUCAUUAUGGCUCAACAAUAUCGAAAUAGAGCGGCUCAGUAUAGAUUGUUUCGACAACUGGCUGGUGGAGCUAAUGGAUCGAUACCCGCUGCUAAUCUGGCAAGAUACUUUCAAGCUUUACAAAUCCAGCAGAAUAGGAUAGAUCCAACUACUGUCAAAAAUCGACGUAAAAUGAUACCAUCAGUACCACAAUCAUAUUUUCUUGAUGUACCUGAUGAAUUUAAAUUAAUAAUUGGAAAAGAACGAUUUUUAUUUAUUGAUGAAGCUCGUGUAAGACAUGAACGUUUAUUACUUUUUGCAAGUGAUUCUAAAUUGGAUUUAUUAUUUAAUUCGUCAACAAUUUACAUGGAUGGUACAUAA